UUUCUUCAAAAAUCAUUGGGUAUUAUGGAUAUGCUUGAGACAGUAAAAACAGAAGCAAAUACUACAGCUGCAGAAAAGAAAAGAAAGAUUCGUGAGCUGUUGCUGAACAAUCUUAAGACUGUUAAAGAUGCAGAUAAAGGAAUGCUUCAUCAGAUGAGUGACCUUUUAAACAAGUUAAUUGCACAGGAAGACGACAUAACGCCUACAAUCGAGAAUCAUGCUUUGACUACGAGCACCAGCCUAGCAGGUUCUUUAAAGGACAUAAUGAAAUGUCAGCCUAGUGCCAGAAACAUUGCCAAGACACAAUGCAAUGCACUGAUAACUCUGAUGGACAAGCAAGUAAAAGAAGACACAGAAUACAAAGAGAUAGAGGCUAAAAACAGGCCUGUACUGGGUGUGCUACAGACUGUUAGUGACUGUGUAUUGGAAUCUAUCCAGUCGAUAAUAGAAGGACCAGUGAACAUUCAAUCAGAUGAGAUGUCUCUGACGGUUCAACAGAUCGAGCCGACUGUUGAUACAUUUCAUGUUACAGCUGAUCCUGAGGACCAUGGUAACCCAGGUGGCUCUGUUUUUUUCCCCAAUAACAUGAAGAGUGGAACAGACAAACCUUUCGACUUGCAGAUGAUGAUUAUGAAGAAGAAUCCAUUUCAGUGGUCACCAACGGCAGAGGAAGUGAAUUUACCAGUGAUGAAGAUCUCAGUAAAAAAUGAUGGAAAAAGCCUUAAUCCAUCAGAUCUGUCUGUGCCAGCAGACAUCUUCAUAUCAGUAAACUUAUCUAAUGUGAUGGAAGAAGACAAAAUAUACAUCUUGAAUGUCUCAUAUGACACUACCAGUCAUAAAGUGAAAAAUUCUAGUACUGUACGUGUCAUUAUUCCAGUAAUUAAAGGGAAAACACAGGUUGUGAAAAUGUUUGCUGUAGAUUCAUCAUUGAAACUAGAGGUUGUUUUGGGAGCUAGUGAAUCCGAAGUAAGCUUCAGGAAUCUUGAAUUGCAUGGGUUUGACUGGCCAGUGGAAGAUGAAGCUGGCUUGGUAUACAAGAACCAUAAGCAAGAUCCACAUCUAUUAUUCUUACCAGAAGAUAUUCUUAGAAUGAACGACACUAAUUUCUAUCUUGUUAUUAGAGUUAAGAAAGGUCAGAUUGUCCAUGGUAAACUUGAUGAAUCACACAGACUGAAGAUUCAGAUUGGGCUACAGACAUUUACUGUUGAGUGUUCUUACUGGAGUGAGGCACAUGAAGAGUGGAGACAGGAUGGUUGUAUGGUUAGUUGUUCACUCCCCAGACGAAGAUAACAUUCUAAAAUAUAUUUGGCUGAUAGAUUUUAAAACAAGUACUACUUGUAAUCUGACAGCCUUUAUUAAGAAUAAUAGAUACAGGUAGUUACUUUAUUUGAUGUCUUUACCUUUGUACACAUAUUUGUUAAAGCAAGAUAAAGCA